AUGAACGUCAGAAAGUUGAUAGAGCAACGAGCAAAAACUAAGGUAACUAAAGAAAAAGCAGAACUUACAUUAACAAUAGCAGCAAUUUAUUCUGAACAAGGUUCACAUGAUUCUGCAUUAGUUGAAUAUAAAAAAUAUCUUGAAAUAUGGGAAUCAAAAGAUGAUAAUCUUCAAUGUGCCAUUGCUAAUCGAUAUAUAGCAGAAUGUUACAUAGAAAUGGGUGAUUUCACUCAAGCUAUUAUUCAUACUAAUCGAUAUCUUCAACUUUCUACAUUGGUUAACAAUAAAAUUGAACAACAAAGAGCUUUUGUCACACUGGGACGAUGUUUUUUAAAUCGUGUGGAAACUUUAAAAGAUGGUGUAUUAAUUACUAAAAGUCUUAAAUCAGCUAAUCAAGCCUUAUUGAAUAGUAUAAAAUUAAUUAAAGAAUUAUCUGGAAAUUUAGAUGAUAAAAAUUCUGCUGAAAUGCGUGCUAUAUCAUUACUUAAUCUUGGUCAUGUUCAACGUGCACAACAUGUGUAUAAUGAUGCAUUUGAAAGUUUUUCACAAUGUAUUACAUUAGCACGUAAAUAUAAUUUACAAAAAAUCCUAUUUCGUGCAUCCUAUCAAUUGGGUGAAAUGUUAAUCAAUAAUUUACUCGCACAAACAUUCAUCAACUCUAAUUGUCCUAUUGAUCAUUUCGAACAAUUUCUUAAUCAACCAGAAAUCAUUAAAGCUUUACAAAUUGUUCAAAGUACUUUAUCUUCUCCACUAUCAAAACCAUGUGUAGAUAAUGAAGCGAAGCUGUUAUGUAUUAAUUUAAAAGAAUUAUUUGCACAGAUUUAUCUAUGUCAUGGUCAUAGUCGUAAAGCAAUAAAAAUAUUUCGUUUGUUGAAAGUUAACUGUCCUAAUUCAUCGGAACAAUAUUCUAAAAUGAUUAAAAUUGGUUAUCGAUUGAUGAAUUUACUGAAUGACAUUUCUAAUACAGACGAUUUGAAUACAAAAAAUCAGCUGACAUUUGCUCGUAUUCAUGAAAAAUUAGGUGAUUUAUAUGCUGGUAUUGAUUUGCAUGGUUGUGCUGUUCGACAUUAUCGAUUGAUGUUAGAAUUCUCUGAACUUGCUUAUAAACAACAUCAAUCUACAGAGUCAACUACUACUACUACUACUACUACACAAAAUGAAUUGAUUAAACUUAUUGAUGCAGCUUUAAUAUCAAUUGCUGAAACUUAUCGUACACUUGGUUAUUAUACACAAUGUGUGGAAAUGUAUAAACGUGAAAUUUUAUGGUCUACAUCAAUUGGUUUAUCUAUGAAUGAUAUUAUUACAAGUUGGUUAAGUUUAGCACAAGCACAACGUUUAAUUUCAACGAAUCAGCCACCUUCUAUCAUUGAUAAUACUAAAUCUAUUGAAAGUAAUCAAAAAACUCAUUUAAAUGAUUCAACAACUGCAUUAGAUUCAUUGUUAUCAGCUUAUAAAGCUUCUAAGUCAAUUGGAUCUAUGUCAUUAAUUUCUGAUUGUUUAAAAGAAUUAAUUGACUAUUAUGAACAAUAUAAUUAUAAAGAUGAAUUAGACAAAGCACGCAAAGAAUUAAAAAAAAUCAUUGAACAAACACCAAAUAAUGAUGGUGAUCAAGGAGAGAAUAACAACACGAAAAUUACCGCUGCUGCUGAUGAUGAUGAUGGUGAGGAGGAGGAGGAGGCGGAGGCAGGAGACAGUGAUGAUGAUGAUGCAAAUGAUGCAUUACAAUUUCUAGAGACACUUUCUUCUGAUUCCGAACUUGAACAAUGUAUAGGAAAAGCUGAACUUAUGGAUGAAUUCCAUGAUACUAUGAAGGGUAAAAAAUCGGGCAAAGCUCUUUGUUUAAAAACUAAUAUGAAAGGGGAGACACCAUUACAUGUAGCUACAAUCAAUGGUGAUAUGAAUCAUGUUGUGAAACUGAUUGAAGUCUUGGGUCAUCCAGUUAAUGUACGUGAUGGUGCUGGUUGGUUACCAAUACACGAGGCAGCAUUUCAUGAUCGUACUGAUAUCGCUAUUUAUUUACUUGAUCAUGGUGCUCAAUUAGAUGACACUGGUUGUCCAGAUGAUUGUUCAACACCAUUAUUUGAAGCAAUUCAUAAUGGUGCAUUGGCUAGUGCAUUGAUUUUUGUUAAUAGAGGUGCUAAUCUAUGGCAUAAAAAUAAACAAGGUGAGCAUUUAUCAAAUUUAUUAGAUCAAUGGGAACCAACACGUCAUGCUUGUGGAACAUUUGCUGAACAACGCACUAAAUUCAAUAAAUUAUUGGCUGCCAUCAAAAGUCGUCUAGGCGAUGAUUAUGAUCGUUGGUGUAAUCUGAAACAAGAAACACCUGAAAAGAAUGAUUACUCUUCUUCUUCCUCAUCCGAUAAUGAUGAAUCCGUAUCAUCGUUGCCAUCAAAGAGUACUAGUAGUGCUAACAGACGAAAAUCUUAUUCAAAUCGUUCCACAUCAAGUAGAUCAUCUCAUUCAUUUGCUUUAAAUGAUACGUCAAGUGCAUUACCGUCAAUCACCACAUUAACUCAACCAAAAUCCACUAAUCGAAAAUCAUCAUUGCGUACUCGUAAUUGGGAUGAUUUAAUGGUUGAUCUGGAUGAAGAUGAACAUAGUCGACCAGUGCCGCCGCUAUCGCUACCGUCAUCAUCAUCAUCAAGCGUGAAAUUGAAAAAAUCCAUGAAUAAUGCAGUUGAAUCGUAUAAAGAAGCAAUGAAAGCAAUUGGUGGUAGUUCUAAAACACGUUCGGUGGAUAAACGUCAGUCACUGGAUAAUAAUGGGAAUUCAAUGAAACGUAGAAAAAAAUCCAAUUUAAUCAAUGCAGACGAUGAUGAUGGUUGGUUAGUUUUAGAUGAAAAACCAAAAGGAUCUCGUUCUGUUUCUAGUACAGUUGUGAAAGAACAUUUUGAUACAUUGAAUGUAAUGAAACAUGGCAAAUCUACAGGAUCUAGUAAGAAUCGUUUUGAUUUAGCUGAUUUGGAAUUUUCUCCGCAUAAAGCUUUCACUUCAACACAAAAUGAUCAUUUAACAUCAUGUCCACCUGGACCAUCAUCGUCGUCAUCAUCAUCACAAUUACCAUCAAAGUGUACUUCUACACCGAUUAAACAACGAAAACAACAAGAAGAAGAAAAUAAACCGAUCGAUCGAUUGUUAUCAUCAUCGAAAGAUUCAUCCAUCCAAAAAAUUCACUGUCUACCAUCAUCAACAACAACAACUGUAGAUCAUCAAUUCAAGUUGGGCAAAUUGACUACAAAUGAACAUUCAGAAACAACAACAACCACAACAACUUAUUCAGUGAAAGUAGCAUUUUCUGAUAUAUCAGUAUUAGUUCCAGUGGAUUCAUUAUCACGUAGUGUAUCAUGGUUAGCUAAUGAAGCUUAUCGUCGACGUCAAAUUCUUAUGGGAUUUAAUUCUUCUAAUCUACCACCACCAUCUGUUCAUGACCCAAAUGAACCGUUAAUUCGUUUAUCAACAAAAGAUCAAGCUUUACUACUCCCGUCGGAUCGUUUAUUUUCAAUUUUACCCAAUUUAAGUCAGUCUGGAUCAAUGAUUGAAUUUUUAGCGGAAUUUAAUGAGUCUAAUGCUGUUGUUACACAAAAAAUAUCAACCAAUUUGCCUAAUCAUUGUAUGAAUUAUUAUGACUCAAAAUCAAAAGAAGAACCACCACCUCAAACUACAUCACCAUUGUUUCAAUCAAUCUUGGAGAAAGCACGUAAUAUGGGCAUUGUCGAUUUAUCAAAUCUUUCUAUCAAUGAUAUAGAAUGUUGUAAAUUAUUAAGUCAAUUAAAUCGUACUAUUUCUGGCGGUGUUCGUGUAAUUACUGAUGUACAACUUCAAGGCAACUCAUUAACUACGAAUAUUUUAGAUCGACAACAAUUUACUUCAAUGAAUUCAAUGAUUAACUUAACAGAAUAUUUAUGUCAAAUUUCAUUACAAUUGGUCAGAUUAAAUUUAAGUAUGAAUUUAUUAAAUGAACAAUUUUUCAAUCGAUUUCUAUGCACUUUAUCAAAACAAUUUAAUAAAGAAGAUAAAAGCUCAGGUGUACUUAUGCCACGAUUACAAUAUUUUGAUCUAUCCUAUAAUUCAUUACUUGGUGGUGGUUAUGGCAUCAUGAAACGGCAUAAUUUAAUGAUUGAUAAUGAUGGUGAUAGUCAGUUAUUAACCAAUCAACAUCAUCUUCAUUCUCAUUGGAUUAUAUUUAUUGAAAAUUGUUUAAAAGCAUUUCCUAAAUUAACACAUUUAAAUUUAGCCGGUUGUUCACUUGGUGCGGCUGAUCUAAUACCUCCUAAAGAUGGUUAUGAUGGUUAUCGUAAGGAAUCACUGUGUCGUAGUUUCUCUACAGAUUCAUUUGUUGUAUCUUGUCUAUCCGAAUUAGAUUUAAGUUGGAAUCCUCAAAUUACACCGCAACAAUUAAGUUGCCUAUUAUCUUUACAUUGUUUAAAUUCAUUGAAAUGUUUACGUUUAAGAGGAUGUUCAACAUAUUAUAAAUUUUCUUCAAUGCACCAACAUCAUCAUCAGUGUUAUCCAUUUCAAUUACCAAUUAGUACAUUUGAUUUAACCUUGUUCGAGAAAUCAUUGAAUAUUGAUCCAAUGAUUAAAAAAAGAAUGGAAAAUUUUAAUCAGUCCAGUAGCGCAACCAUUGGUGAUCAAUUAUUGAUUGCAGUUUGUGAUGCAUUAAUUAAAGGAAAUAUUCGUUUACAAUUAUUGGAUAUGGGUCAUUGUCAAUUAACGCAUCAUUGUUUGAAUAGUUUAAAAAAUUUAUUUGGUACUCCAGGAACUUCAAUAACCAGUUUAUUAAUCGAUCAUAAUCCAAUGUUAAGCAAUGUCAUUGUUUCGAAUGAUUGUCCAUUUCCAUCAUGGAUUCAAAUUAUUCAAGCGAUUACGCAACCAGCUUCAGCAUUGGUUAGUCUAACUAUUGAUCUACCUCAAAUUCCUGAUAAUGAUUUAAAUGCAUUAACUGUUACAAUUAAUUCAAUUGAAGCAAAACUUUCACCUACACUCUCAUCAACACCAUUACAAGAAUUAAGUAUUAUCAUAUCGAAUGGAACAGUAGAUGAUUGGACUAAUGAAGAUACAUUCAAUUAUCAAAAUCAAUCAAUCAAAUGUCGUUUCUUUCGUAUGCUAUCAAAUUUAUUCACUAAACGAUUUGGUAAAUUAAUCAAGAUUACACGAAAAAAUCAUUCUGUAACAUUUAGCAUUUUAUAGAUUGAUUGAUUGGUUGAUUAUGUUGUAUAUAUAUGGGAAUUUUCUGUUUGUUUGUUCAGAUUUCAUUUUUUUCCCUAUUGGUUUAUUGAUUAUUUUAAUCUUUCCGAUGUUUUCUCAUUGUUAUACUGGAGGACACACACUGUUUCGAUUUCAUACAUACCAUUUUCAGUUUAUGUAAAUUCUAUGACGAGUAUUAUGAUGUGUGUAAAUAAAGAUGUGGUUGGUGAUUCUCGCCGCCGCCGCCGCCGCCCCCACCCCAUUUUAUUGUUCUGUU